AGAGUAGGCGAGGCUUUUUACGACCUCUUUUGUUGAUGGAGUCAGACUUUUCAAAACCAAUGUGUCUUUUGGUGCUACGCGCUGACUGUUCGAAGGCUUACGGCAGUUUCCCUCACAAAGAAAAAUAGUUUUGAGAUAUUUUCUUUGUCUUAUGUUAAAUGAAACGUUUGCCUGCGAAAUCAAUUUAGGAUAAGAGUGAAUUUACAGUCAUGGUUUAUUGGAUUGUUGCGACGUUGGCCCUUUUUGCUCUCCAAACUUCAGCAUAUGUGCCACAAAAUGACUCCAGACUCAACCUGAGGACGUUUGCAGGCAUCUUCCUGUCGGUGACUGAUGAGCCCAUCGACUACAUAGGGCUGGAUGUACAGGAGGGUAGUGGCUCAGGGAUGGGCCAGGAGCCAGUGAAGAAGCAGGAGCAUGGCCAUCACGGCCCUCGUCGCUCCACCAAGAUUGUCAUCUCUGAGGAGGCCCGCAGCUUCCUCCAGGGUCGCCUAGCAACGGCCUUCGUCCCCACAGUCUACACCCUGGUCUUCAUUAUCAGCGUCCCCCUCAACCUGAUUGCCGUGGUGAUGUUUGUGCGUCGUAUCCGUCCGAGGAAGCCGGCGGUGAUCUACAUGCUGAACCUGGCCAGUGCCGACCUCCUCUUCGCCCUGCUGCUCCCCUUCAGGAUCUCAUAUCAUUUCCACGGCAACAACUGGGUUUAUGGCCCCUUCAUGUGUCGCCUGGUGACAGCAGCCUUCUACUGCAACAUGUAUUGCUCUGUCCUGCUCAUGAUGUGCAUCAGCAUCGACCGCUUCCUGGCGGUGGUCUACCCCAUGGACUCCCUGACGUGGCGUAGUCCACAGACGGCCGCCGUGGUCUGUGGCGCCAUGUGGCUGUUGGCCUUGGGAGGAGUGACCCCCCUCCUGCUCUCCAGACAGACCAUCCACCUCCCGGAUGUGGGCAUCACUACCUGCCACGAUGUGCAGGAUGUAGACAAGCUCCGUGCCUACUACCUCUACUUCUUCCCCAUUUACUCCUCCAUCUUCUUCUUCAUCCCUCUGGUGUUCACAGCUGUGUGCUACGUCCGUAUUGUGCAGGCCCUGGCCGCGGCCAACGUGGAGAACCGCUCCAGGAAGUCUCGUGCGGUGGUGAUGGCGGUGACAGUGCUGGUGGUGUUUGUGGCCUGCUUCACCCCCACCAAUGUCAUCCUCCUGGUGCACUACCUCAAGCUGGCCCAUGGACGCAGUGACAGCUCCUACCAGGCCUACCUGCUCUCCAUGUGUGUGGGCAGCAUUAGCUGCUGCCUGGACCCGCUCAUCUACUACUUUGGUUCGUCCCAGUGCCAGAGACAGGUGGCAGCUCUGCUGGGCUGCAGACAGGCUGGGCCAGGAGCAGAGCUAAGCUCUCAGACAGGCAGUACCAGGACCAGCAGACUGGAGAGCAUUCAGAGCACUGUGGGCAGUCAUUACAGGAAGCUCAUGGCCUGACGCCUUAGGACUGCGAAUUCGAACAGACUCUAGGGCUGCAUCUCGAUAGUCUAGAGCAGGGCUUCUUAAACUAUGUGUCGUAACCCAAAGUGGGCCCUGGGCAUGUGAGAGGUAGGACGCUAGUUAUGAUCUGCAUCUAUAAUCACUCGGGCUGUCAAACUAAAACAUUUCAUAGAGUUCAUCGCAGAAUUUGGUGUGAUUAAUUGUGAUAAAUCGCAAAUUCUGAAUAAUCUAAAAUUGAGCUGUAAUUUACCAUUGCUUUUAAUACAAAAAGCAUUACAAGAAUAUUGACAACUUGAUUUUUGUCCAAAGUAAUGUUAAGCAAAAUCCAUUAAAUUGAUAAAGCACACUAUCUUUAACCUCAAUGUCAACUUGUUUUGACAUUGCAUUGUUGUUUUUAGCAGUAUAGAUUAUGUAUUUUGGUUGCCUGACGACUCAAACUGAAUUAUUCCGCUGCUCUAUGUUCAACUACAUACUUCAGUCAGACUGCCAUCGUUGAAGUUGUUUGUGGUGACGUCAAAAUGAGGGGUGUUGUACAAAAUAAAGUCAUCAGUUCGUCUCUAACCAAUCAGAGUUUCAAAGCCAAUGACAAAUUUUCUACAUGCCGCUAAUUCCCACGUGUUCUUGCUCUGGCCCAACGUAACUGAUUAACUCUGACAGCCCUAGUAAUCACACACUAUUUCUUCUUCAUGUGGGUCUUUGGAGGAUGAUUUGGGUCACUAGAGGACGGUAAAUUUCUAAUUUGGGUCUCGAGCUGAAAAGGUUUAAGAACCCCUGGUCUAGGAUGUCUUUGUCUCCUCCCUCAUCUAUUUCCCUGGGUCUCGAGCUGAAAAGGUUUAAGAACCCCUGGUCUAGGAUGUCUUUGUCUCCUCCCUCAUCUAUUUCCCUUCAUCUGCACUGAUUUAAAACGUUAUAUAGAUGAAGGCAACAUAUGGAUGCCUGCCAGGCAUUUUCGCUCACCUGUCCAGUACCUUUAGAACAAUGCAGAUGAAAGUAAGGAGACAAGGAGAGGACUCCACAUAAGAGUAUUGAGAUGCAGCCACUGUUUACCCUGUCCACCUUGUCAAGUGAGGGAGCUUGAAUUUAUUGCACUUCUCUUUUUGAUUGUCUUAAUAGUUUUUUCAUAGUUUGCGUUUAAGUCAAGAGCCGUAUUUUAAUGCCAGUCUACUGAUAGUUACACGUCUAUAAAUGCUUUGUUACUGCAGAUACUGUAUAUUGAGUCAUGCUUAAGGCAAAAUUCUGGAAACAUUCAUUAAAUUCCCAGGUUUUCCAGAAAUCCUGGUUGGAGGGAUCCGGGAAUCGUCCAACUAGGAUUUUGGGAAAACCAUAUAAUUUAUUGAAUGUUCACGUAAUUUUGUAACCUUAGUAAAUAAUACUGUUUAGUGUGCACUCUAUACAUAUACAGUGUGUUGGGAAAGUAAUCAGACCCCUUGACUUUUUCCAUAUUUUGUUAUGUUACAGAAUUAUUCUAAAAUUGAUUUUCCUCAUCAAUCUACACCCAAUACCCCACAAUGACAAAGCAAAAACAGUUUUUUUAAAUUUUGUUUUUGUAAAUGUAUUAAAAAUUAAACACAUACCUUAUUUACAUAUUCAGACCGUUUGCUAUUUGACUUGAAAUUGAGCUCAGUUGCAUCCUGUUUCCAUUGAGUAUCCUUGAAGUUUCUACAACUUGAUUGGAGUCCAACUGUGGUAAAUGUAAUUGAUUGGACAUGAUUUGGAAAGGCACACACCUGUCUAUAUAAGGUAACACAGUUGACAGUGAUGUUGAGGAAAUUGUCCGUAGAGUGCAGAGACUGGAUUGUCACGAGGCACCGAUCUGGGGAAGAGUACCAAAACAUUUCUGAGGUAAUGACGUUCCCCAAGAACACAGUGGCCUCCAUCGUUCUUAAAUGGAAGACGUUUGGAACCACCAAAACUCUUCCUAGAGCUGGUCGCCUGGCCAAACUGAGCAAUCGGGGGAGAAGGACCCCGAUGCAGCACUCCACCAAUCAGACCUUUAUGGUAGAGUGGCCAGAUGGAAGCACUCCUCAGUAAAAGGCACAUGACAGCCCACUUGGAGUUUGACAAAAGGCACCUCAAGGACCAUGAGGAACAAGAUUCUCUGGUCUGAUGAAACCAAGAUUGAACUCUUUGGCCUGAAUGCCAAGCGUCAUGUCUGGAGGAAACCUGGCAUUAUCCCUACGGUGAAGCAUGGGGUGGGAGCAUCAUGCUGUGGGGAUGUUUUUCAGCGGCAGGGACUGGGAGACUAGUCAGGAUCGAGGGAAAGAUGAACAGAGCAAAGUACAGAGAUUUCCAUGAUUAAAACCUGCUCCAGAGAGCUCAGGACCUCAGACUGGGGAGAAGGUUCAUCUUACAACAGGACAACGACCCUGAACACACAGCCAAGACAACGCAGGAUUGGCUUCGGGACAUGUCUCUGAAUGUUCUUGAGUGACCCAGCCAGAGCCCGGACUUGAACCAGAUCGAACGUCUCUGGAGAGACCUGAAAAUAGCUCCCCAUCCAACCUGACAGAGCUUGAGAGGAUCUACAGAGAAGAAUGGGAGAAACUCCCCAAAUACAGGUGUGCCAAGCUUGUAGCGUCAUACCCAAGAAGACUUGAGGCUGUAAUCGCUGCCAAAGGUGCUUCAACAAAGUACAGAGUAAAGGGUCAGAAUACCUAUGUAUUUAGUUCAUGACAAUAUACAGGUAACACAUGAGUAAAUGAGGGAUAUAAAGUAUAUUGAAGCAGGUGCUUCCACACAGGUGUGGUUCCUGAGUUAAGUAAGCAAUUAAUAUCCCUUCAUGCUUAGCGUCAUAUAUAUAAAAAAUAUUGGGCAUACCAUUAUUUUGGCUACCAUGGCUAUGCCCCCAUCCAGAGCACGAGUGGUCACUGAAUGGUUUGAUGAGCAUGAAAAUGAUGUAAGCCAUAUGCCUUUGCGGUCUCAGUCACCAGAUCUCAACCCAAUUGAACACUUAAGGGAGAUUCUGGAGUGGUGCCUGAGAGUGUUUUCCACCACCAUCAACAAACCCAAAUUAUGGAAUUUUCUCAUGGAAGAAUGGUGUCACAUUCCUCCAAUCGAGAUCCAGACACUUGUAGAAUCUAUGCCAAGGUGUAUUGAAUCUGUUCUGGCUCGUGGUGCCCGAUGCCCUGUUAAGACACGUAAUGUUGCUGUUUCCUUUGUUUUGGCAGUUACCUGUAUAUUACUAUGUGCUCUAUAUAAACGUUUAAGAAAUAGUCCAUAUUGUCAUGCAGUGUCUCAAAACCACAGUAUUAACAUGAAUAGUUUACAUUGGCUGUCUACACAUUUCAAGUUAAGUAUGAAAGUAGUUGGCGGUUGUCUGAUUUCUUAACUCCUCACUAACCUACAGGAAGUUUUACAUUGUAUAACCAAUGUUACAUUUUAUUCAGAUCUUAUUACUUCAAUGGAAUUAGUUACAAAAUGAGUUUGAAUGUCUUUAUUUAAAUGUCUGUUUGGACAGUUAUAUUGAACAGUUAUCACUGUAACUAUCAAAGAAACAGUAAAGACAUUUUUUUAUCAUUA